UUACUCCUCUAUUUUCCUGUUGAUUAGACGAGUCCGGCCCAUAUUGACAUACAAGUAUCCUUAACCCGAAUGAUAAAUAAGAAACCCUAAUCCCUCAUUUCCAGUCUCCUUCUCCUCCAAAGAAACCCUACUCUAGUUCCUCUUCGAAGCAAUGGGGGCCUACGCUUAUAUGCAAGAGUUAUGGAGGAGGAAACAAUCGGAUGUGCUGAGAUUCACUCAAAGAGUUAGGUGCUGGGAGUAUCGUCAACUUCCUUCCAUUGUUCGGGUCACUCAUCCUACCCGACCGGACAAAGCUCGUCGUCUUGGUUACAAGGCCAAGCAGGGCUUUGUCAUUUACCGUGUUCGUGUUAGGAGAGGUGGUCGCAAGAGGCCUGUUCCAAAGGGUAUUGUCUAUGGUAAGCCCACAAACCAGGGUGUUACUCAGUUGAAGUUUCAGCGUAGCAAGAGGUCUGUUGCAGAAGAGCGUGCUGGUCGCAAGUUGGGUGGUCUCAGGGUUCUCAAUUCAUACUGGAUCAAUGAGGAUUCCACAUACAAGUACUUUGAGGUUAUCCUUGUUGAUGCAGCACACAACGCCAUCAGGAACGACCCCAGGGUCAACUGGAUCUGCAAUCCAGUGCACAAGCACAGAGAACUUCGUGGCCUUACCUCUGCUGGAAAGAAAUUCAGAGGUCUUCGCGGAAAGGGUCACCGCAAUCACAAAGCUAGGCCUUCUCGUCGUGCAACCUGGAAGAGGAACCAGACAGUCUCUUUGCGCCGUUACCGAUGAUUUUAAUCAUCUUCAUAAGCCAUUUCUUACCGGAUGGAUUUUAUUCAAAUUAUUACUGCCUAAUUAUGUUGAAAUGACCAUUACUGUUGAGGUUGAGGUUGAGGCUUUGGAUCAAUUUUGGAAUUUUUUAGGGAAUUGCACUUGAUAUUUAAUAUUCUCUGCGAAUUUUGGUUUUGAGUAAAAUUCUGAAUGUAGUUCCAUGUGAUAUUAUUUCUUGUUGCCGAGGCAAACUACUGCUUAGUUCUUACUUGAUUGAA